GUCACGCGGGAGGCUAGCAACAGUUGCCUCGAAACCCCGCGCGAGGAGGCGCCAUAGUGACCGUAGCCCUGGAGACGGUUCCUUGCCAACGGGAGCCGCCGCCGCCGCCCGCUGCCCCGGCCGCCCGAGCCCAGCGCAGCCCGGAGGAGGCCAGCCCGGCGGGGCCGCCGCCGGGGAGGGCAGAGGCAAACAUGCAAGGAUCGGAGGGCGGUUCGGAUUCCGUGGCUCCCGUGGCGCUCCGGACGUCUGUGUCGGUCCAGGCGCCUGUAGUUCAGCCGGUACCAGCAUCUCAGCAGAGGGUUUUGGUGCAAGCGGCCGGCUCCGCUCCCAAAGGGACGCCGAUGCAGCAGCUGACCGUCCCCCGAGUCCAACAGGUCUCUCAUCAGGUGCAAACGGUACAGCAUGUGUACCCCACCCAAGUCCAGUACGUGGAAGGUGGAGAAGCCGUGUACACCAACGAGACCAUACGCUCCGCCUACUCGUACAACACCGAAGCCCAGAUCUACGCCCCCAGCAGUACCUCCUCCUACUUCGAGCCGCAGGGGGGCAGCGCCCAGGUGAGCCCGGGGGGGUCCUCCCCCACAUCCCUCCCCGCCCACGGCCUGGUGGGCAUCACGAUGGACAUCGGCGGGAGCCAACUCGUUUCCGGCUCGGGCGCCUACCUCAUCCACAGCGGGAUGGAGAACGCCCGGCAGGCCCUCACCCACCCGUCGCGCUCCUCUCCAGCCACGCUUGAAAUGGCGAUUGAAAACCUCCAAAAAAACGAAGGCAUUACAUCACACAAAAGCAGUUUGCUGAACAGCCAUCUCCAAUGGCUGCUGGAUAACUACGAGACCGCCGAGGGCGUCAGCCUGCCCCGGAGUUCCCUCUACAAUCACUACCUGCGUCACUGCCACGACCACAAACUGGAUCCGGUGAACGCCGCCUCCUUCGGGAAGCUGAUCCGCUCCGUCUUCAUGGGGCUGAGGACGCGCCGGCUGGGCACCAGGGGAAAUUCAAAAUACCAUUACUACGGGAUCCGUCUCAAGCCGGACUCCCCGCUCAACCGCUUGCAGGAAGACGCUCAGUACAUGGCCAUGAGGCAGCAACCCAUCCACCAGAAGCAAAGGUACAGACCUUCCCAGAAACUGGACGGCGUGGCCGAGGGAGGAUCGAAUAGUCUCCACGCCACACCGGAGCAGUCCAUAGCCGCCCAGAGCCAGCACCACCAGCAGUUCAUAGACGUCACCCGCGUCCUUCCCGACUUCCCUGGCCUCGAUCUGGAAGACGUCCUUCUGCAGGAGGGAAUUGAGGAGAACGACGUCAAAAACCUGCAGGUCCUCUACAGGCGGCAUUGCGAGGCCAACGUAGAUGUCGUGAUGAGCCUCCAGUUCUCUUACGUCGAGAAGCUCUGGCGGUCGUUCUGGAAUUCGGAGCCCCGCUCCGGCGAAGACUCCGCCGCCGUUGCUCCCAGCGAAGAACCCUGCAAAGCCGCCGUCCCCCGGCACAAGCUGGUCGCCCUGUGCAAACACGACCCCGUCAUGAUGUGGAUGCGGGCCUGUGACCACGUCUUGUACCAGACCCUGGUGGAGAUCCUCAUCCCGGACGUCCUCCGGCCCGUUCCCGGUACCUUGACCCAAGCCAUCCGCAACUUCGCCAAGAGCCUGGAAGGCUGGCUGAUCAAUGCCAUGAGCGAAUUCCCCCAGCAAAUCGUCCAGACCAAGGUGGGCGUGGUGAGCGCUUUUGCGCAGACGCUGCGCCGCUACACGUCCCUCAACCACUUGGCCCAGGCGGCUCGGGCCGUCCUGCAGAACACCUCCCAGAUCAACCAGAUGCUCAGCGACCUCAACCGGGUGGAUUUCGCGAAUGUACAGGAGCAAGCCUCGUGGGUGUGCCAGUGCGAGGAAGGGCUGGUGCAGAAGCUGGAGCAGGAUUUCAAGCUCACCCUGCAGCAGCAGAGCUCUCUGGACCAGUGGGCUGGCUGGCUGGACCGCGUGGUGACCCAGGUCCUCAGGCACCACGAGGGGGGCGCCGGCUUCCCGAAAGCGGCCCGGCAGUUCUUGCUGAAGUGGUCGUUCUACAGCUCCAUGGUGAUUCGUGACCUGACCCUGCGCAGUGCCGCCAGCUUCGGCUCCUUCCACCUGAUCCGCCUGCUCUACGACGAGUACAUGUUUUACCUGGUGGAGCACCGCGUGGCCCAGGCCACGGGGGAGACGCCCAUUGCCGUGAUGGGAGAGUUCAGCGAUCUCGCAUCCAUGUCGCCAGCUCUCCUCGACAAAGACGACAUCAGCGACUUCGGCAGCGAAGCGGAAGCGGACUCCCGGUGCCCCGGCGAGCCCCUCGUGAAACGCGAGCGGGGCGACCCCGGUCCCUCGUUGCAGGAGGUCUAGAGCCGGAGCGCGGGAGAAGCGCCAUUCACACAAAAAAAUAAUAAUAAUUCAAAAGCCAAAUUCCAAAGCUUUCCGGGAUCCCAUCAGCCGGAUUUCCGACUCCUCCAGGAUACGAGUGCCUCUUAGUUUCCUCUUAAUGUUUACUUGUCUUCGCGGAAGAGCGGAGCGGGGCCGGCGAGACGGGCAGCUGUGCCACAGGCCAGAUUUUUCUCUUCCAAGGGACACCCGGCCCCUUCCUACGCAGGAAUUUCUCUCUUUUUCUUUCUCUUGCCUUAACUGACUCGCUGA